AUGGCUAGCACAGAUGUAGUAACACGGAAGGACAAAAUGCUGCACCUUAGGAAUAAUCAAGAAUCCCCAACCCCUACCCACCCAAAUGACCGGGGUCCCAGCCAGCACAAUGAAGAUGUCUUACAAAUGGACGGCGACGUGGCUAAACGCACCAAGAAGGUCAGAAUCGUGGGCAAAUACGGGACCCGUUAUGGUGCCUCCCUCAGGAAGAUGGUGAAGAAGACUGAGAUAAGCCAGCACGUGUACACUUGCUCCUUCUGUGGCAAAACCAAGAUGAAAAGACGAGCUGUGGGGAUCUGGCAUUGUGGCUCCUGCAUGAAAACCAUCGCUGGUGGCACCUGGACCUACAACACCACUUCUGCUAUCACAGUAAAGUCUGCCAUCAGAAGACUGAAGGAGUUGAAAGACCAGUAGAAGUGCCGCCGUUUGAAACAUUGCUAGCCUAUAAUAAAUGGGUUAAUUUAUGUA